AGGCGGAGGGGACGGGGUGAGUUUGGUUGCGCCGUACUCGCAGUGCCCUCGGUAGGGGGAGGAGGCAGAGGAGGGAGUCGAACGGACAGAGCGGGAAGAGCCCGGUCUCUCCGUCCAAGUUCAGGAGCUGACACGCGGCGUCGGCCUGAGCUGUCAGCUUUCUGGGUGUUCUGUGUCGCCCGAGGUUCUCCACGUAAACGUCCCCGGGAGAACGAGAAAGAGAAAAUGGAGGAGGGUGGCGGCGGCGGCGGCAGUGGCGGUGUCAGCGCCGCGGGCACCAGUGCGGACGCAGGGGACCAGCUCUUAACUGUCAAACACGAGCUGCGGACCGCUAAUUUAACAGGACAUGCGGAGAAAGUGGGAAUUGAAAAUUUUGAACUUCUCAAGGUUCUAGGAACGGGAGCCUAUGGAAAGGUAUUCCUGGUUCGUAAAAUAAGUGGUCAUGAUGCAGGAAAGCUGUAUGCUAUGAAAGUUCUGAAGAAAGCCACAAUUGUUCAGAAAGCCAAGACAGCAGAGCACACAAAGACAGAGCGGCAGGUGCUGGAGCACAUCAGGCUCUCACCUUUUCUGGUUACACUGCAUUAUGCUUUCCAGACAGAGACCAAGCUUCAUCUCAUUCUAGAUUACAUAAAUGGUGGAGAACUUUUUACUCACCUUUCUCAAAGAGAACGUUUCACAGAAAAUGAAGUGCAGAUAUACAUUGGGGAAAUCGUGCUUGCCCUUGAACACCUCCAUAAGUUGGGUAUUAUAUACCGUGACAUUAAACUAGAGAAUAUUCUACUUGAUAAUAAUGGCCAUGUGGUGCUGACAGAUUUUGGCCUAAGUAAGGAGUUCCUUGCUGAUGAAACUGAAAGAGCAUAUUCCUUCUGUGGAACUAUAGAAUACAUGGCACCCGAUAUUGUUAGAGGAGGAGAUGCAGGACAUGAUAAGGCAGUCGACUGGUGGAGUCUAGGCGUUCUUAUGUAUGAGUUAUUAACUGGAGCAUCUCCGUUUACUGUUGAUGGAGAGAAAAACUCCCAAGCUGAAAUAUCUAGGAGAAUAUUAAAAAGUGAACCUCCAUAUCCCCAAGAAAUGAGUGCUUUAGCUAAAGAUAUAAUUCAGCAUCUCUUGGUGAAAGAUCCUAAGAAAAGAUUGGGUUGUGGUCCACGAGAUGCAGAUGAAAUCAAAGAGCAUCCCUUCUUUCAGAAAAUAAAUUGGGAAGAUUUAGCUGCCAAAAAAGUGCCAGCACCAUUUAAACCAGUAAUCCGAGAUGAAUUAGAUGUCAGUAAUUUUGCAGAGGAGUUUACAGAAAUGGAUCCCACAUAUUCUCCUGCAGCUCUGCCUCAGAGUUCAGAGAGGCUAUUUCAGGGAUAUUCUUUUGUUGCUCCUUCUAUCUUAUUUAAACGCAAUGCAGCUGUCAUAGAUCCUCUUCAGUUUCACAUGGGAAUUGAACGUCCAGGAGUGACAAAUGUUGCCAGGAGUGCAAUGAUGAAGGACUCUCCAUUUUAUCAGCACUAUGACCUAGAUCUUAAAGACAAGCCAUUGGGAGAAGGAAGUUUUUCAAUUUGUCGAAAAUGCUUACACAGGAAAAGCAACCAAGAAUAUGCAGUCAAAAUAAUAAGCAAAAGAAUGGAAGCCAACACUCAGAAAGAAAUAACAGCUUUGAAACUCUGUGAAGGACACCCCAAUAUAGUGAAGUUGUAUGAAGUUUAUCAUGAUCAGCUUCACACAUUUCUGGUGAUGGAACUUCUGAACGGGGGAGAGCUCUUUGAACGGAUUAAGAAAAAGAAACACUUCAGUGAGACCGAAGCCAGUUAUAUCAUGCGGAAGCUUGUUUCAGCUGUAAGCCACAUGCAUGAUGUGGGAGUGGUACAUAGAGAUCUGAAGCCUGAGAAUUUAUUGUUCACUGAUGAAAAUGAUAAUUUGGAAAUUAAGGUAAGAUUUGGAUUUGCUCGUUUAAAGCCACCUGAUAAUCAGCCUCUUAAGACGCCAUGCUUUACCCUUCAUUAUGCUGCUCCAGAGCUCUUAAAUCAUAAUGGCUAUGAUGAAUCUUGUGAUCUGAAGACGUAAGGGGUGGUCCUAUAUACAAUGCUGUCAGGACAGGUUCCAUUCCAAUCUCAUGACAAAAGUUUAACAUGUACCAGUGCUUGUAGAAAUCAUGAAAAAAAAUUUAAAAAAAGGUGAUUUCUCUUUCGAAGGGAAGCCUGGAAGAAUGUAUCCCAGGAAGCCAAAGAUUUGAUUCCAAGACUCCUUACAGUGGAUCCCAAUAAGAGACUUAAAAUGUCUGGUUUGAGGUACAAUGAAUGGCUUCAAGAUGGCAGUCAACUGUCUUCAAAUCCUUUGAUGACUCCAGAUAUACUAGGAUCUUCAGGAGCUGCUGUGCAUACCUGUGUAAAAGCAACCUUUCAUGCCUUUAACAAGUACAAGAGGGAGGGAUUCUGCCUCCAGAAUGUUGAUAAGGCUCCUCUUGCCAAGAGAAGGAAGAUGAAGAAAACCAGCACAAGUACGGAGACACGCAGCAGUUCAAGUGAAAGUUCUCAUUCUUCUUCCUCUCAUUCUCAUGGUAAAACCACACCAACAAAGACAUUGCAGCCAAGUAAUCCUGAUAGCAAUAAUCCAGAAACCAUCUUCCAGUUUUCUGACUGAAGAAUAGAGCAGUAGUGCGAAUGGAAUUGGUGAUACACUGCACCUUUACUUUCUCUGGUUUAGUACUGAGAGAUGUUUAUUGAUUUAAAACAAAGAAAAGAACACCUGCCAUGUGCUCUUGCUCUCAUGUGAAUUCUGCCUUUUAACAGAUUUCUUCUAAAUAACUUGUUUGGUUUGUCCUUGUCCAGUUAUUCUGGACACAAUAUAUUACUGUGAAUAGAGCUACUGUUAACACUGUUUGGAAAUCAAGAAUAAUAUCAGCAGUACUUUUCUUAAAAGAGCAAAGGUUUCAGUAAAUUUAAUCAGAGAUUUUCCCCAGCUAUUUAGCUUUGAGCUGCUUAUAAAAUAUGUCUUAGGUUUUUUAGAUGCCUGCUAACAGGAAUUGGCCUGUGCUAAGAUGACCAUUUGUUUCCACUUUGGAUGACAGGGGUUUAAAAGAAAACUUUGCACCCUUCACUCAAUGACUUACCAAUGAAGAUGUCUGGCUUUUCAUAAGGAUUUUGUGAUGAAUUUAAUGUGUUAAAUUUUUUUGAGAGAAGGUUUUAACUUAUUGUUUCUAGUUCAUGGUUACAGAUGAUGAUAACCUACAAAUGUACAUCUUUUUCUAAAAAGGAUUAAAAAAAAUAAGAUCCCGUAGUAUGUAUUUGGGAUCCAUAUGAAAUGCAUGUUAAGCUAUAUAUGUUUUUAAUUACACACUUCUCUUUUCUAGCAAUUUGUUUUAAUGGUUAUUGCAAAACAUUAGGGUACAUUUAUCUCUUUUCUAAGUCAUAUUGCACUUUAUGAAGGGGUGUGACAAAAGAAAGCAGACUUUUAUAAAGUGCACAGCUUAUAGCACAUGUACUGUAUUUUAACCAUUUUUUCCAUUAUCUACUUUAAAUUACUCCUCACAUCCCUCUUCUACUUUGUAUGCAACAAAUAGAAUAGGCCUGGCUAUAUGGUGAAAUUGUAAGCCACUUAUGCACUGAUGUGAGGACAAACUAAAGGGAAAUUUUACUAAACACUGUGCUUCAUAACUGUACACUGUGUUGUGCUGCAGGGAGGGAUUUCCACCUGUGGUAGUUUAUUAUGUAUAUAAUUAUUUUAGCAUCAUAAAUGUGAUUUGUUUUGAAACAUUUCAGUAGUUAACUUUUAAAUAUGAAAAAUAUUUUAUAAACUUAUGCAGAGCACUUUUAUUGCUCAAGUUCUGAACUUACAUGGAAAUCUCAAGUGCUAACUUUUUGUCUGAGAAGUUUCAUUAAGAGCUUGCUGCAUUUUAAAGUAAAAAAAAUCCACUCCCUAUGCAAAACAAAAACAAAAAGGUUAUGGGGAUUGUAGUUAGAUUUUAUUGUACAGAAAUCACAGGGAGCUGUAAAGACUCUGAAAACCAAGAUUAACCAUGUUUACAGGAAUCAUGUGGAACAAAACCAAGACUGAUGUUUGUUUUGUGCUUUUUAAUCAAUGAUAACCUUUUGAGUAUUUGGGAAAGGAUUUGGGCAUGAAUUUACUUUAUUUAUUACUUUCUUGAUGGUAACAUCAAAGAUAAUAGCAGCAUUAACUUUAGCCUGAUGUGAAUACUGAAAUAUUGCACUGUUUAUGUAGUAAUAUAUUUAAUAUUAAAUAAAUAUGUAAUUGAUGUCACUUGGAAUUGAAUGGCCAACAAUGAUAUUUUCAAAAUAUUGAUAUAAAUUUUAUUCACAUUUUCUUCUUAAUGAUGAUUAAGAGUAAUUUUUGUCUAUUUUUGAAAGAGCCCAAUGGUUUCAUAAUUCUUAUUGAGUCAGGGAUUGUUAUUUGUGCACUAGGUAUUCAAGGUAAUGAUGGGAAAGCCUAGAAUGAAUUACUACAACCCCCAAACAGUUCACAGAAUAUGCAAAUGAAACAAAUUUUUAAUACUAAUUAAAAUUUCCAUUAAUAGUAAAUGUUAUUCUAUAAGCAGUGGUUUUUUUAACUGUACAGAAAAGUAGUAAAUGAUGCAAUUGCUGUACAGACCUAAAGGGAUUUUCUUACAUAAAGAAAAUAGUUAAGAAAAAUUUUCAAACAAUAUUCUCUUGGAGGUGUGCUUAAUGCUAGCUUAAAGUGAACACUGGAAAAUUGAUAGAUGUAAUUUUCUUUUCUUCUUUCCCUGUCUUCCUCUAAUGGAAGAGCCUAUAAGAGAUAAAUAAGCAAAAGAAGUAGACAAAAUUAAUGAGGAAGGAAAAAUUAAGUCAAACCACAAAUUAAUAAUCCAUCUCUUAAUCAAGAAUCAAUUCCGAGAAGGCUUCAAAUUAAGUCCAUAGUGAUGCCCCCCCAUUUCAAAAUUCUCCUUCCCCUAAUCAUAACAAACAAAAGGUCACUAUUUAAUGUAGUAUGUUCUUGUAAUUAGCACCAUUCAAAUUUGGAUUCAGGCUGUUUGUAAUAUACAACAAAUUACAUUUUGAAAUUCAUACUUUCAGGUUAUUAAAAUAGAAAACAGUGUUCCUGCAUGCAAAAUGUUAAGAUGAAAUGAUUGUCUUCUUUUCAAUAGAUAAUGAAAAUGCAUAUGAACAAACCCAAAAGAGAUAUAUGAAUACCUUUAUACCAUCAAGGUGGCAGAUAGUACUGAAUGUACCACACUGUAAUUCCACCCAAAUCCACCACUGCCAUCUACCACAGCAUUUUUACUAUAUGAAUGUACUUGUUUGGAGAAUAUGUGACUUGACCCAUUAUAAGUUCUAGUUAAUGGGGCUCCAUUUUCUUUUGAAUCUUAAUAUCGGUGAUUGAGAUAUGAAUAAAGAUGAUACUAGACAAAAGAAACUGAGAAAAGAAAGAUAAUUUUUUUAACUUUAUAGAAAUAAUGACUCUCCAGCAUCCAUCAUUAUCCAAAAAGAUGAGAUCGUUUUAGGUGAGUAAAUAUAUAGUAAAUAUUCAGAAAUGCAUUAACUCCUUCAGUUAUCUAAGAAAUAUGGGUCACACCUCUGACAGAGUAAGUUAGUAAAUCAUAUACCAUUUUUCUGAAACAAUUAAUGCACAUCCCAGUAUGCCUAUCUUGAAUUCCAGUAUAAGAUCUAUUUCCCCUUGAAAUUUGUCUUAAUUUUAAUGUUCCUAAUGUCUCUAAAGUGAUUAUAUAAUGAAUGAAUUUAAUUGUAUGAAAAAUUAUUUUAAGAGACUAAUAGAAUUGCAAUAACUUUAUUUAUAGGGGACUUAAAAUCUAUUUUGAAUGUCACAUUACUUUUAAAUAUAUUCACAAGUAUUAUUUUAUGAGAACAUAACUUCAAUUUAAUGUGUUCUAGUUCACCUCUCUCAGUUGUUUUAGACAUUCACUAGGAAACAGGUUUUUAUUGGGGGACCAUUUCUAAUUUAUUGUUUAUUUCUGUUACCCAGGAUAUGCUAAUUAGUCAGUGUAAGUCUUCUCUUGGCAAGUAAUAAGAGGUUUGUUUAUGUAAUCAAAUUCCUAAUAAUUAUUAAUGGCUAAAUAGCUAAGUUUAUUUAUGGUAAGCCACUUAAAUUAUGGCAGAUAUAAUUGUCUUUUAGAUUAAUUCUAUUAUAGUGUUAUUAAACGUAUUUUCAUUUUAAAUAAUUUUUUUAUAAAUUUGGAAAAGUUAUAUUAACAAAUCAAAUUAUAUUUCCUUAUGAUAAUUAAACAUAUCCUUCACAUGUAUAUCCUCUUCUUUAGGGAACUGGCUCAUUAAAAAAUUUAAUAUAGUAGGAAAUUAUUGAAUCAAGAAUUUUAAUGGGAGGCAAUUUUUAAAUUGUAAAGGAUUAGGAAAGGAAAAAUUAACAUAUGGAAAGAAAUGUUUAUCAAGUAAAAUACUGUAAAUAUCCUUAACCCAAAGGAAAAAAGUCUCUGCAACUACCUUGUAGGUUUUUUGCAGCUGUUCAUUUUCCUAAUCAAGUUCACCUCAAACUGUGACAUUCCUUAGAAAUAAAGGCUCUGUUCCCAAAAAGAUAGCUUCUUUAUAAAGUGCUUUUAGAUAUGGAUUUCAAGUAGAAUGGAGCAACUUUUUUUUACCACAAGAGCACUUUACAAGCCUGAUUUCAAUCUUGAUCAGUAGUAUUUUUGUCUUUUCAGCUUUAGCUGGUGAUUCCUACUGGCCUAUUUCCUUCUUUCCAUUUCUUUGCUCCCAGUUGUAUUUUUUAACUAGGUGCUUGCCACUGUAAUUUGUUUACUUGUCUAAAGUUGUUUGUCCAUCCUGUUUCACGAGUCUGGAAAUUGGCCAUCUCUCAUUGAUCUGUAUAUUGCUUCUGUUAGACUUGAGGUGAACAUAUUUUUUGAAUUGAAAACUUAAAUCAUGUGAUAAAGUAUAAUCCUUUCAUAAAACCUCAGUUUUUAAAAGUACACUUUUUCCCUUGAAUUUGGUACUGUCACAGAAAACCUGGGACAUGUGGUUAGGCUAUAAGAAGUACAGUUAAUUUCUUCCUACCUAUGAAAAGCAGGUGAAGAUAUUAACAAAAAUAGUUGAUCCCUGAGAUUUUGCUUCUAAUUUUGACAUAACAUGUGAAAGAACCCAGAUUUUUAUGUGUAAGCAACAUGUAUUUUAAAAAGAAGGUUGUUAUUGCUAAAGAUUGAACACUUCUGGUUUUUCAUAACUGAAAGAAAAUGUUAAAGAUUUGAACAUGUUAGUGGAAUGCUUAUAUUUUAAAGGCAAUUGACUGCUAUAGAAUAGGUCAAAUUUGUUUCAUUUGUUUCUACAUCUCUGGACACUGUGGCAAUGGUAUUUUACAUUUUGUUAAUUUUCUUCUUGUUAUUAAGGAUCCUCUCUUUGUACUGUAUUUGAUUUUUACAAAGCCUGUCAACUCACCAAAAAUAUAUUUUCUUUAUAGAUCAUUCCCUAAGAGUAUUCAUUUU